UACGGCAACAAGCAGGUUUUGUGGCUGCUAAGUUGUUUGUUGGUGACUUCCCUAAAUUGCUGUGCUUUUUAGCAAGGUUUCCUGUGAAAUCUUCAAAAAUGUCCGGACUGAAGAAAAAACCUGAGAAGCAAUUGACUGAUCUUUUAUGCAAAGAAACGCACUUCAGAAGAGAAGAAAUCGAAAAACUUAUACAGAUAUUCAAGAAGCUGCUUAUUGACACAAAUAAGAAUGAUACACUCAAGCAGGAAUCUCUCAAGUUGGACCGUACAAUAUUUCGGGAUAUACUGCACAACACAUUUCAUAUGACAGAUGAUAUGCUUAUGGAUAGGGUGUUCCGGGCAUUUGAUAAGGACAGUGACAGUUAUAUCUGUUUACAGGAGUGGGUCAAAGGACUUUCUGUUUUUCUCCAAGGAACAGUUGAUGAAAAAACACAAUAUUGCUUUGACGUGUAUGAUUUAAAUAGUGAUGGCUAUAUUUCCAGAGAAGAAAUGUUUCAUAUGCUCAAAAAUAGUAUGGUGAAACAGCCAACAGAAGAGGAUCCUGAUGAAGGCAUCAAAGAUUUAGUAGAACUUACCCUGAAAAAGAUGGAUCAUGAUCAUGAUGGCAGACUUUCAUAUAAGGAUUUCAAAAGUUCUGUAGUCAUCGAACCGCUUUUAUUAGAAGCUUUUGGUCAAUGCCUGCCAGAUAACAAGAGCAAAGAUGCUUUUGUUAAAACAUUCUCAGACUGUGAUGGUCAACAAGCAGAUACCAGUAAGAAAGGGAAGAAGUAGGAGGUGCCUUGAAAGAAACUCACAUCCACAAGAAAGAAAAAGCACCUUGAAUUGCAGAUGCUACUUAUACUUGUCAGACUUUACUGUGAAUUGUUGGGUGAAGGCUUCCAGAAAUUCAACUACCACACUGAAACAAUACACAGCAAUGAAAUUGAAAGAAACAUGUCUGCCAACAUGGUCAUUAUAAAUGUACUAUAAUUCAGAAAACUUCACAACAUGUAAAUACUAUCCUUCCCAAUCGUUGUCUCUGUCCAGUAUUUGAGCUGUAAUUUGUUUAUAUGUAAAAUAAUACAACUUAUUUGGGUUGGCAUAAACUUGUUGACCACUGAAGGGUUGACCAUUAUGUGAAUUAAUAGCAGGCUAAUGAUUCUGGUCAUAGUAUGUCCAAAGCUGACCAGAUGGUGUUGGUUUUUAUUAUUUUGUUCAUGGCUUUCAAAAAAAACAACAAAAACUACACCUUUGAAGUACAAUAUUUAUUCAUAUAAUUUUAGUUCAAACUUCUCGUUGUGUGGACCACAAACAUUUCUUUUGCUUCUUAUGGCUUGCAUCUACGUAAUAUUAUUGAAAACAUUUUACAUUUUUUCAUGCCAUUUGUUUGACUUAAUAUUCUUGUUGUAUCGAUGUAAAUGUUUUAAUAAAGAUGUUUAACAAAA